AUUCACUCUCAAUAUUGCAAUUCUUUGGAUUUCACGUGCAUAUCCCCUCCCCUCCCUGCUUCAAAUCAAACCAGCCUGCCUACCUCAAGAUGUCUUCUUCUCUGACUACAUAUGACCUCACGGUCCCCAUUUUCGUUCGCAACCUCGAGCAACUCGUCGCGUGUCUCAAAAAAGGCGAAGAAUGGGCCAAAGACAACAACAAAGACCCGCAAGUUCUAGUAGAUGCGAGUAUCAUUGAUGAUAUGAAGCCUUUGACUUUCCAAAUUCAAAGCUGCUGCAACACUUCCAAAGCAGUUUUGCCUCGCAUUGGAGGCGAAGAAGCAGUUUCUGUAGAGGACAACGAGACGACGCUCUCUCAGCUCUUGGCCCGAUUGGAAUCGACUAUCAAAAUUCUGAGAAGUGCGAAGAAGGACAAGUUUUUGGCUCCUGAUGCCAAAUGCGUCGUCAAACUAGGUCCACGAGAAGCCGAAUUUGACGUGUUGGGAUAUAUUCAGAAAUUCGCCCUUCCCAACUUCUUCUUUCAUAUGACGACUGCAUAUGAUAUCUUGCGCAAGGAGGGUGUUCCAGUUGGCAAAUUGGAUUUUUUGGGUGGAUCGGAUCUUACUACUUGGACUAUGUAGAAGUACAGUACCUACUUCUUAGGUAAAGAGGGAGAUUGAUGGGCUUGGGGAAAUACAUACUUGAUGAUCAACAGGACUUUGAAAGGGCAGAAUUGAGAAUAACAAUGACAGAAAGAUGAUGAUGAUGAUGAUCCAGCGUCAGAUAUUUUACUCUUAAGUUCUACUUAGGACUCAUUUAUUAUCAUGUACGAUUGGUAUGCUGCAACAACAG